AGGACGAAAAUAAAGUCCAAUAAGGCAGAGGUGUAUGAAAGCCCAUGAAGGUAGACCCAAAAAGGAAAGCCCAUGAAAGAAAGAGAGAAGAAGAAGGAGCGUGGCAAUAAAAAUAAAAGGGUAUGGUGUUAGCGGGAAUCGUUUGAAUGAAAAAGCCGCGAAAAGAAGAAGGGUCUUGAACGAAUCUUGGGAAUGAGGUGGAGUUUAGGUUCAGUGAGGGUGGCGUGCAUGAUGAUGAUGAUGAUGGUAGUGUUGCUGGGAAACGGCGUUAGCGUGAGUUGCAUACCGAGAAGAGAGUUGGAUUCGAUGCUUGACACCGUACGCGCGAGAGGCUACGACCUAUUCUGCAACGCAAUCGUCACCUCUGAUCUCCAAAUUCAACUUGCCGACAACAACAACAACUCCCACUCCUUCACGUUUUUCGCACCCACCGACGCCUCCCUCUUCGCGCUCGACAUGACUCAAACGGCCUCGUCUUACACCGACACGCUCCGUCUCCACGUCGUCCCUCGCCGCCUCUCCCUCACGCACCUCCGCCUCCUCCCCGACGGCUACACGCUUCCCACGCUCCUCCCUCGCCGCCGCCUCCAACUCACGCGCCGCUCUCCCUCCGCCAUCGUCGUCGGAGGCGUCCACGUCGCUUCCCCCGGCCUCUUUUACGGCCGCAACAUCGCCGUCCACGGCCUUGCAGGAAUUCUCAGUCUCAGAUCUAACAAUUCUCCUUCGCCUUCGCCGAUUCGCUCCUUCGAUAACCGCUUCUUCUCUCCGAGAAGCAGUCCUAACUCGCCGGCGAAUGAACCGGUUCUUGCUCCGUUCAGCAUCAUGAAGCAGGCAGGUUCUCCAACUCCGGCAGCGGUGGAGGCUCCAAAAGAGGAACCUGGUUGGACGGUUUAUCCUCCGUCGGAGAGAUAUCCUGAGUCAUCAAUAUCACUGCCACCGGAGGGAUACUCCGAUGCGGAGGCUCCGGCGCCUGAGGGCGUGAGAAAGUGUCUGAAUCGAGAUGUAGGAUUGGAAGAGUCUGUGAUGCAGUGCUAUGAAGCAUAAAGUAGGUUGGAUAUGGAAGUUUGUUGUUUGUUGUAGCAUAUCCACUUUGCUCAAGCAAAUGAAUAGAAAUGUAUAUUUGAUAGGUAAAACUUUGAUUUGUUUUCUCCAUUGGCAACGAAUAUUACUAACAAAAAUAUGCAUGUACGGACACAUAUACAGUUAGUGAGUAAAAGAGAAAGAAAAGAGAAUUAUAGGCAUAACCGUAGCAUUUUCAUGUUUCAUACUAUUAUCUGCCCCAACUCACUGAAUUCAUUCUAAUUGCUUUCUUGGAUAUGAGAGGGAGAAAUCGGGAGUUUGGAAGCAUGCUGGUGCAGAUUCUUUACUCUUUCCAAGCAUCUCGUUUAUUUUGGACCCACAACAGAAUGGCAUGCGAAAACAAGAAGCGAAAGCAUACCAUGUUCUCCCUGACAGAGAUCGAAGCGGCGAGGCUGCUCAUACAACUUGGGAAUAGCAACGCAGAUUCUAGCACCACCUGCGUCGACAAUGAUCACCAUAGCUUUGACAGCUACAGUGUGCAAUGGAAAUCACAACGGAACAACGAUCAUACUUGUGCUGCAGUAGAGGAUGUAUUGGCGGAAAUAGAAGAGGAUGAGCGCUUAAGGAGAACAAAUAACAGGUACCGCUACAUUCAUGAUUUAUAUAACGCUACACACCCUCUAGUCUAUGUACAUGCCUCUAAAGACCAAAGGAACAACUUUAUUCACCGACAUUAAUAUCGAUCAUCACUGACUUCAAUACGACUGUAUAUAAUCUUCGAUGCUUUAGAAUGGCUCCAAGUUUCUCUGCCCGAUAAGUAAGUUCUGGAAAUUUGUAGGUCUUGACAGAAAUAUUGUAUUUGAAUUUCGACACAGUAUAUAUCCUAUGUUUUAUUAAACAAAUUUUCAAUAUAGGUCCGGGAAAUCCUUCUUAAUCAGAAGAUGAAUUAGUUUAUGUUACGGCAACGAAUCAUUACAAAGAACGCGGGUACACGCGCUUCAAAGGUUAUCACUAAUUUGUAGUGUGUCAAGAUACAUUGUACUGGUCUACACACUACGCGCUUGUCGACGAUCAUUAACGUACAAGUAAUCCCCACCAUCGCCAUGGAUUCCACGCCAGUCGCAAGCUUGUAUUUUAUUGCUAGAAGCGCUAUGCUUUAGGUGGAACAUCGGGUGUGCACAGGACAUACAAUUAUGAAGGCUGUGUUUGAGAGUGACUGCAAAAAUGUUCAUGAUGCAUGGAUGCGGAUCAACAGAAAUUCAAGGUGUUACAGGCAAAGAGUCAUGGAUGAUUGUCAGCAUAUAUGGAACAACUAUGAUUUUGAUAUACAUUUUACAAUAAGAGCUGGCAAUGUUUUAGCUGAUAAACUUGCUAAACUAGCUUUUAUUUUUCAUGUUUUUUGUUCGAUAGAAGUGCCACACUCGGUAUUGUCUAUAUAGGAAUUUGAUAUACAGGCUUUAGCCUCACGAUCUGAAUAAUACUAAUUUUAACUCCUUUCUCAAAAAAAAUCAAUUAUAAUCCAUUAUUGAAAUAAUAUCUGAAAAUAAUCUAAUCCAAACACUCUUAAUAAUUAUGGCAAUGUCCUACAAA